UGUGAUACCUUAGUGAAACUCAGUUAAUUGAUUUAAACCGUGGUGGGAGUAGAACCGAAGGUAUAUCCGGAAUAUAAAAUAUUCAAAAAAUGAGUUGCAAGCUCUCUUUGGCUAUUUUGGGGGUCAUUUGUUUAGCGGCCAGCAUUGAGGCUGCCUCGUUGCGUGUCCCAGUGAAAACCGGUGUUGAGAACGUCGUUCACAAAUUGGAUUAUGAAGGAGUUCAGGCAAAUGUACGAGGUUCCCGUCAAGCUUAUGAAGAAGAUGUCUCCGGCGAAGAUUCUGACGAAGAUGACGAUGAGGAUGAUGCCGAACGCGUACAACAGAAUAUAAUUCAACAGCAACAGGCCCAAGAACAGGCCCACAAUGACUCUCAAGAGGGCAGCGAUGAAGAUGAUGAAGAGGAUGACGAGGAGAAUGAUGACGAUGAUGAUGAAUCUUCGUUCUUUGGUCGUAGAAGGAGACGUGAUGUUGCUGCUGCUGCUCCUGCUCCUGCCGAAACUGAAGCCGAAUCAACAAAUGAAAUUGUUGAGAAUGCCAAACCCGAAGAAGAGAAUAAGGAACAAAGUGAAAAUAGUGAAAACAGUGCUGCACCAGCUGCCGCUGCUCCCAGUCCAGCUCCACCAUCCAGCAACACAAAUGUUUUGAUACUCAUCCGUGAUGCCAUCAAGAAGGUGACCACUGAGCUGCCCAACUCCCAACAGGUGGCCACCAGUGCCCAACAAUAUUUCCAACUUUUCGGCCAUUUCCUUCAGCAGACCAUUGAACAGGUCAUUGGUGAUGACGAUGAUGAGGAUGAAGUUGAAGCUGCAACCGUUGUUCCAGAAGCCGAAGAAGUUGCCACCGUCGUCGAAGCUAAUAAAGAAACCGUCUCAGCCACUGGAGAUAAGGCAACCGAGACUGCUGAAAAAGAAAGUGAGGCGGUUGAAAAUAAACCCGCCGCUGCAGAACAAAGUGCACCAACACAAACUGAAGAGGCUAAAGCUUAAAUUUUGAAGAGCUUUAUUUGUGAUUUGUUAGCUUUAAGAAAACAAAAAAAGAAACCACGACUAUUUAUCUAUUAAUUUAUUAAAAACGUAGUUUAAUAAAAUAUUUUUUAAAGACA